AUGGACGAAUUUCUUCUUCCUGUUUUAUGCUCAACAACCCCCGACUUUUCUUUUUAUUCUCAAAGCAGUCCACUAAUAGCGAGUAAUGCCUAUUACGACUCCUUGCACCCAGAUCCACUGUUCACAGGUAACGCUCCUCUACCUGUGCUUCCGUCAUCAGCGCCGGAUUUCAAUCUUGAAUUUGAGCUGCCAUUACCCCCGCAAACGACUAUCAACUAUUCAUAUACACCGACGUCUAUAACCAAACAGCCAGAGCUAGAGCUAGAGCAGCCUCUCUCUUCCAAGAGCAUCUUCUCGUCGCCCGAAACCGAUGCAGAUGUAGCCUGGGAGCCUGCCGAUAUACACCACAUCGGAUACCGCGACGUUGCCAGCAACUGGCGCUGUGCCUUUGCUGGAUGUCAAUCAUCAAGAAUCUUUGUACGAGCGUGUGACCUGCGCAAACACUUUCGUGGCCAUGAAAAGGCCUUUUUCUGCGAGAAAGAGCAGUGCCAGAGCGCUGGUGUCGGGUUCGCAACCCGCAAAGACUAUAACCGACAUAUGAGAUCACACCAGCCCGCUAUUGAGUGCCCUCACAUGGGGUGUAGACGCGUGUUUAGCCGGAAGGAUAAUAUGGUGAGUGGCCAAUAUUAG